AUGAAUCCAUACACACUUCUUGGGCUCAACCCAAACGCUACCCGUGCUGAAAUUAAUGCUGGGUAUCGUAAAUAUGCAAUCAAGUAUCAUCCAGAUCACAGUGAUGCAGAUGAAGCUCCACGUUUAUUUGCAGAAUAUAGUGAAGCCUACGAAAUCUUAAGUGAUCCAAAGCUCCGUGCUGCUUAUGACCAGUUCGGAUACAAAGGUCUUGAAGAUAUCAGCUGGAAACCAUCUGAUCCACAGAAAGUUUUCUUCAACUUCUUUGGUUCAUCCAAUCCAUACGAUUACCUUCUUCCUUCUCAUAACGCAACUGAAUUCGCUCGUCUUACAAAGCCAGAACAACCAAUUCCAAACGAGAAUUUGGAACUCGAAUUAGCUGUUCCACUCCAAGACUUUGUCUUUGGACAUACAAGAAUGGCUACAGGUGUUCGUCGUAUUGCUGACGGAAAGACAGAAGAAGUUCAAUUAGCCUGCAGAAUUCACCCAGGUAUGAUUGACGGAACACGCAUUGUAUUUCCAAAGUUAGGACAUGCUGAUCAGAAGAAUUCUGAACCAGCUGAUGCUAUUGUUACAAUCACAACACAACCACAUCAAUUAUAUAAGAGAUUUGGUCACGAUCUCGUUUACGUACAGAAUAUUACCCUUGUUGAUGCCCUUGUAGGUACAGAUUUCAAGGUUAUGCUUAUGGAUGGUCGCAUUCUUCCAAUGCAUUUGACAGAUAUUGCUUCUCCAGGUUAUAAGAUUUGCAUUCCAAACGAAGGUAUCCCAAUUUGGGAUGACCUUCACAAUACAAUCAGCGGAAAGGGCAACUUAUAUGUUGAAUUCAAUGUAGAAUGGCCAAUGAACCGCUCUGAUAACAUUUGGAAGGAGCUUGUCAAAUCAUUCCAGGCUGACUAA